AUGGCGAUUGUGAAAAGUUCAGUAGCCCCGUUGGGAUUCGAACCCACGCAUCGACGCCGCCUACGCUUUGUACGCUCUUACAUGCCAGUUGGUGAAUGCCAUAUGCCUCUACAUUUCUAUCAUAAGAAAUGCAUCGACCCUUGGUUGUUGGAACAACGAAGUUGUCCGUUAUGCAAACUGGAUAUACUAAAAUCAUGUGGCAUUAUUGUGGGCCUAUCGGCCGAGGAUGAAAGCUAUUUGGCCACGCGUCUCGUGGAGCGCGAUGCAGAUUCAUCUUCCACAUCCUCGUCUUCCGUGUCAGCGGUCUCCUAUCCGAUGGGCUGGCGUAUCAGGCGACUACUGUCUUCAAUUCUGGGGAAACCUACUGAUCCUCGAUGUGAAGCUUGCUCACUGGCUUAUUUCCAAGUCAUGCAAUUUGAUGCACUACGAUAUGGAGGUGCAGCACCCGCCCAGAGCUCUCAAUCCACCGAUCGUCUAUGUAGUUAUCACGCCGCGGUUAUUGGUGUUCCCAAUGUGUACCGCACUCCACAAACGAUUCAUUGGACCCGAUAUGCAUCACACUAUGCUACCAUGAGACAUUACUGGAACGACAUCUGGUCAAAAGCCGUACAGUUCCCACAAUCGUCUGCGCGACCGUCCCGGUGGCGCCAGCGCUUCGGGUUUAAGCGGCGGGAAGUCACCGGCUCUUCCUCAACUGAGAAGCAGCUCGGCGAUAGUAUGCGAACCGGUGAAGGCAGUGGACACGGUAUCUCAACAGACAAGCGGUGCCCAACACAAUCCAGUCCCACGGAGCCUCUGGUGUUAAACGAACUGGAACAACCUGUUUUGAUUCAUCAUAGUGCAAUCGAUACGAUGCGAAAUACACAUCACAUCAGUCCCGUGACCGCGACCACGACCACGAACACAAAUAUCGCCAGUCGACAUGCAUUUCCUACCGUAGUCAAAUUGGACGAAUGCCAGCGACUGUCAGCACUUCCGCCAAUCUCGGUUGUCGGACCGCAAUCCUCCUCAUCAAGUGAUGGAAGCAGCGAGCCCAGUCUAGUCAUACUGCCUCCCUCCUCGAUUCCGAGUUAUAUAAACCCACUGGACAGGUUUUGGUCUUCAUGGUAUAGCUCGACCGCCCACAUUCCACCGCCAGCCUAUCUGGAAAGUCUUUCACAGUCGUGGUGUGAGAUGACCAUGAGAUCGGAUCCAACAAACCACAUUCGACCUCAUUGCAAAAUACGUUCACGCAAACUUCGCGGUGGGUAUCAUCCGUAUUUUUUACCCCGAAUCGGACGCCGCAGACCGGGUCAUCAGCGGUCUGACUUCAAGGAAUGGUUAAAUGCGUACGUGUGUUAA